AUGGCAUUUCCUACCUUCAACGCAGUGGCAUGCAUACAUGCACGCGCACAAGGGCUACGGACGGAGAUAGAUUUCGAUCGUUACAUCGACGCUGCCACGCACAUAUCCUCUCCCCUUGCGGAUCUUGACGACGUCUCUUCACCUCGACACGGCAUGCUUUUUGCGGCAGAGAGCAUCACUUCGACGUUCUUGAGCGGUACCGGCACAGUGCUCCCGUUCCCGCCUGACGAUGACAACAUUCCGUUAAAUGGAAUGAACUGGGAGAAGGCGUUCGACGGGCAAAACUUUCCGUCGUUACAGCACCUCAAGAUGCCGCUCAUGAGUCAGUCACAAGCCCGCGUUCCAACGUUCUUCGCCCCGUGUCUGAAGACUAUCUAUAUCAUGGGUCUUGUUGCGUUGGAAGGCAGUACGGAGGGGUACUCAUACGAACCUUCAUGGAGUCGCCCAGCGUUUAUUGACGGUGUUCGUCUUCUAUCUGCGCUGAAUACAUUUCAGUCACUACGCGAACUUCGUCUUGAUGACGUCGUCUUCUCGGAGGUGGACCCAAUAUUUUUGGAAAACGUAGCCCAGCUGGCUCACCUCCGCAGGAUCCAUGUCCGUAGCGUGGACUGGAAGUCUAUUCGCGUUCUUGUUCAAUGUUUGGAACUGUCUAGUGUAGAGGACUUGACGAUCAUUACACGCAUCGGCGCUGAGGAUCCUACGCCGUCGUGGGCAUGGUACUCGUCGGUGUUACCUUUCCAAGAAACUCUGGAUGUCGUCGUCGAGUCGUCGCGAGACUUUACCUGGGUCACGUAUGGUCCGCAACGUCAGGUUCCCUACACCCCACACCACUACUGCGGCUUACAGGACGAAUAUGGCCUUUCAUCAAACCCCCCAGAAGGUCCUAACCUUGUGAUUUCCGAUAAGGGUUUAACUAGGCUCUAUAGUCACGUCCCCUGCGAUGGAUCGUCCGUGGCGGACGUCAUGCGAGGUCUACACACGUCGCCGUUCCUGCUGGACCUGGAAGCUGUGCGAGACUUGGUCAGCAAGGUCGUCUUGAUGGGCUUGUGUAGUCGUUCGCGAUCGGGAAUCUGGACCUUGUUAUGCACUGGAGACGAUUGGCGAUUCAUGCAGCUCUUCAAAUCGUUGCAGGAAUUGCACGUUGUUGACGAGCGUGCGGUUUGGUCCAUCGUACAUUUAGCGGCGCCGUUGAACAAGCUUAUCCUGUAUGCCACAUCUUCGUGGAGCGGAUCGUCGGCUAUUGGGCAAUUGUUGCCUUUGCUACGGUCGAUUCCCGAAUCCGCACCUCUCGAACUUGUAUUACGGGGAGUUAAGCGGCCGACGGACACGGCUCACUUAUCCAGGAUAAAAGAUUACCUCAAGCCUCGACCGGUCGUCGAUAACCGUAACUGCACAGCAGCGCAAGAAGCCGACAGCGUUCGAGGUGUUCUCUAG